CGGUUAUUUACUGUGCCGCCCGCAACCAAGCGUGUAUCUUGCUAUGUAGUUGCUACAGCAGUGUGUUUGCUCAGAUUGAGUGGUGGCCCCCAUUUUCUUGGGAAUCCCUCCUUGGUAUCCUUUUGCCCCCUUAUUCGCGCCAUGGGCUCCUCCACGUACAAGGAAGUGGAAUGCACAACCAUCGACGGCACCGUCAUCCGCGGAUGGUUCUACGCCGUUCCUGGGCCGGCACCGACUCUCAUCAUGUCCCACGGUUUCAACUGCGUCAAAGAGAUGACGCUACCAGAUGCGGCCGAGUGGUUUCAGCGUCGCGGCUACAAUGUUCUUCUCUACGAUGCCCGAAGCGUUGGCGCGAGUGACGGGCUGCCGCGAAACCAGCUCGAUGUCUUGCAAAUGGCUGAGGACCUUUCGGAUAUCGUAACAUUUGUUGCAACCCUCCCGACUGUAGAUCCACGAAGUAUUCUCCUUUGGGGCAUGUCCUUCGGCGGCACAGUAAGCGGAUGCUCUGCGGCCGUCGAUCACCGUCCCCGGGCUCUCGUUAUGGUGUGCCCCCUCUUCAGCUUCGUGAGGCCGAACCGUCGCGGGGCAACGUUCGCGCGAGUGAUACAAGACCGAGUCUCCCAGAUGGGCGGGAACGAGCCUCUAUCCUUCCCACCAUUCAACAGCAAGGGGGAGAAUGUGGCGGGUUUCGGAGGUGCGGGUGGGCCCGGAGGUCUCGAGGCGUACAACCUCAUGCGCGCCGCGGCUGAGCGGGGGCCUCCGGGCUUCCGGGACCGAAUCGCGCUGCAGACAUUCCACAAGCUGGCACUUGCUCGGCCGAUGGAGUUGCUUGACAUGGUUGACGAACGGAUGUCCGUGCUGAUGGUCGUGCCAGAGCUAGACGAUAUCUCGAGCCCGCAGGAGCAAAAGGCGGCGUUCGAGAAGCUGUCGACGCCCAAGAAGCAGCUGCAUGUGGCACGAGGCGCAGGACACCUCUCUGUCAUGACGGGUGAGGGCUCUGAGGAGCUCUUAGAAGUCAUGGAUGGCUUCUUCCGAGAUGCUCUGAAGAACGAUGUCAGGUAGCCAGUCUUUUCACCAUUACGGUUCGCCGUG